AACUAAACCAACUAAUGAAAAAUAUCCACUGAGGGGCUGUCAGAAAAUGUGUUCAUAGCACAUGAUUUUUGAGAUUGGUAUCUCCCUAAAUGUUUACACGUUUAGAGUGUUUUCAGAGAUGCAGAAUAAGGCAUGGGAGAUGGGGAAUUGUGGUGAAAAAGAGAGACAUGUUGCUCCAGCCCCUCUGGGUAAAGAGGAGGAGGUCCACUUAUUCUUCAUGAACCAAUGAUACAGACAGUGAGGGAAGAGAGACAGCUUUCAGUCAUCAAAUAUGCAAAGGAGCAAACAGACCGGCCACACCACAGAGAGACAGGCGGAAGGAUCUUCUCUGUCAGUUUAGGGAGAAACAUCUCCCAUCCCAGAUUGAACCUGUUGAAGCGAGGAAAGUAGCCACACGCUGGGAGCCAUGACAUCUAUGGCAUGGGGCUUUGUCACUGGCUUCUUCACAUACGAGACCACUAAGUCUGUGGUAGUGAAGAGCUGGUCUGUGGGGAUCAUCAACCGAAUCGUACAACUGCUCAUCAUCGCAUAUUUUGUUGGUUGGGUUUUCCUCCACGAGAAGGCUUAUCAGGUGAUUGACACUGGCAUCGAGUCCUCUGUGAUGACCAAAGUUAAAGGCUUUGGUCGUCUGGACAAUCAUGUUAUGGAUGUGGCCGACUACGUCUACCCUCCUCAGGGUUCAGGAAUUUUCUGCAUCAUGACCAGAAUCAUCGUCACUGAGGACCAGUUUCAAGGUCGAUGUGCAGAGUCUCAACCAAACUUCAACUGCAGCACAAAUGAAGACUGUCAUGUGCACAAAAACACCCUGCUGUCCAACGGUGUAAUAACAGGUAUUUGCCGUAAUGAGUCUGGGGGUCGCUGUGAAAUUGAAGGAUGGUGCCCAGCUGAAAAUGACCAUGUUACUAACUCAACGACGCUAGACGUGAAAGACUUCACCAUCCUCAUCAAAAACAGCAUUCGUUUCCCCCUGUUUAAUGUCACCAGGGGAAACUUCCCUUCUUCGAUGACAUCUGAGAUGAUCAGGAACUGUGUCUACCAUCCGGAGCGUGACCCCUUCUGCCCCAUCUUUCGUGUGGGAGAUGUGCUGAACUACACCGGGCAGGAUCUAACGUCCCUGACAAAAACGGGUGGAGAAAUAGGAAUAAAUAUUGAAUGGAAAUGUAACUUUGACAAAGAUAUUGAGCUGUGUGUCCCCAAAUAUUCAUUCACAAGACUGGAUGCCCCUUUCAUCAAGAACAAAGUCUCCAAGGGUUACAACUUCAGAUUUGCCAAAUAUUAUAAGACAGAGAACGGGACAGAAUUCAGGACUCUUCACAAAGCCUUUGCUAUCCGUUUUGAUGUCAUGGUUACAGGCAAUGCUGGAAAGUUCAGCACAAUCCCAACACUGAUCAACUUAGUUGCUGCAUUUACGUCUAUCGGACUGGGAACGGUCAUCUGUGAUAUCAUCUUACUAAACUUUCUGAAAGGAGCAAAGCAGUACAAAGCCAAGAAGUUUGAAGAGGUGUCAGAGGCUCAGAUAAAAACAUCUCCCAGUUCAGAUAGCAAGCCAUCACUGAAGGAGGGAAUGAAGAGCUCCUGCGACUCCGGAGCCAUUUCCCUGUCCAUCUCUGACUGAAAUUGGGAAGGAUGGAAACAUAUCCUCCUCCUUUUUCUGGAUGGGUGUGUGAACGUUUAGAAGAACAGAACAUGAAGUGAUCCUCUCGGGCAGUGCACGUUUAUGGUUUCCAGUUUCUGAGUGAGAAUCCCUUUGAGGAAAGAGGUGGUUCAAUGAACGGAGCAGAAUCUCAAGAGAGAAAAAAAAUGUAAAUACUAUUUUGGUUUUCACCUUUUUUACAUCUCAACUGCAAUAGGUUUUUUCCUUAAAUCGUUAAUUUAUACUAUUUGCAACAGUGGUGGAGAAAAUAACAUCUCAGCCGUUGAGUUUUUUAAUUUGUUAUCUUUCUUUUUGUUACUGUGCGUACACUUUUGACAACUGCCUGCAUUCUCAAAUAAAGUGCUGAAGUCAAUCCUUAUUUUCUAUGAUUAUUUCCUGUGUCUUUAAGAGGAAGAAAAAGACAAACUCAUUCUCUCAGUGCUCACAAAUGGGUCCUUUAGUGCACUCACUGCAGCUGUGACAAAGCAGAUCCUUCUGUGGACACUAAUGGACUAAAGUAAAUACUCUCACUUCUGUUUGUUUUUUCUUCUUUCCAGUUUUUCUUUUUGCUCUAGAACUGUAUGCUUCUUGUAAGUUUUUUUUUUUUUUGCCUCGGUAUAGAAUGAAGGAUUCUUUUCUUCUACUUCAUUUCUGCAACUGUUUAAAUCAAAAUCUGGACUGAAAACCAAAAACUAAAGCAGGAAUACUCCAUAAUUAAUGCUACACAUUUCUUCCUCCUCCCCAAGGAGGGACGUAACAGGUUCUGAAAGUGAUCUAUAUGGGAUGAAAUCUGCAGAAGUUCCCUCAGGAGCUGC